GCCUAGAAGAUUCAAGGGUUAAAUUGAGUGUCAGCCAUCUCUCCCAGCCCUAGAGAGGCUCAGGAAGCUGAGCCAGAUGGGGGAUGAAUUAACCAAAGGACACCUUCCUGCUCCUCCUCUUCCCGGGAUCAAAACUUGGGAUUUGAAUUUUAAUAAGGGAAGGAUUUGCUUCUGCAAGGCUGCAGGGCUUUGUGCAGAAGAAGCAAGGCUGAGGCAGAGCCGAACAAAUCAUUUCCAUGGAUUGGAACUGCAUCAGCUCCAUAUUCAAGGGCUUUGCCUUAAUAGACUGGAAAUUGUGGCCUACUGAGAGGUCCUUUUUUACUCCAUCUACAGAGUGAGGACUGUGAAGACGUGUGAUGUGUGCCUCAAGACCAAAAAUAGAUGUACUUUUGACCUAUUUUGGGGUGCAAAAUCAUUGAUUCUUAGAGAGGAGAGGUUAAUAUUUUGGUUGAGAGAACCAACCUAAAGAAGACAAGGAGGCAAACGUCUCCCGACGAGGCAACAAAGUCAGUGUAACUCCUUGUGGAAAUGGCAGGACAAGUUCAAACAGCAUCGGAGUCAGGAUCUGAGGGAUCACGGAGAGAUGGUUUCUCAGUCCAGGAUGACACUGUUCAGGAUCUGUCUCAAUGGGCAACACCCCGACAGGAAAGGCUUCCCCGCCACUUGGAGGCCCAGUGGCAAGAAUACAUGAAAACAGUCCAAUAUCCUAUCUCAGGAUGGAGCUCUUCCCAACUGGCAGACAUGACUUCAUGGGAUGACCUAACCACAUUUGACCGUAUGGUUGGUGCCUGCCAGUGGUCUAGAGAAGGGAUAAGCCGCCUGAUGCCCACUCUCAGCGUGGAAGCCCAGCAGGCCUUAAGUAGCUUGAAUGCCAGAGACAAAGGGGAACACAGGAAGGGCAAAGCCAGUGCCUUCCGAGGUCAUGCAAACGGUGCUGAGACACAGCGCCAGCGCUUCCGCCAGUUCCGUUACCAGGAGGCCGAAGGGCCCCGUGAAGUGUGCACCUGGUUGCGUGAGCUCUGCCAUCGCUGGUUGGAGCCGGAGAAUCGGACUAAAGAGCAGAUUCUGGAGCUGCUGAUAUUGGAACAGUUUCUGACAGUUUUACCUGAGGAAAUCCAAAACAGAGUCCGAGAACGUGGCCCUGAGACCUGCGCUCAGGCGGUAGCCUUGGCAGAGGGAUUCCUUCUGAGGCAGCAGGAGACUUUGCAGAGUGGAUCACAGGUUUCUGACUCGCACCAGGAUAUGACCAUAAAUCUCUCUGAAAAUCAGAGAGAUGCCAGACAGAAGCAGCAGGAUAAUGGGAAGGCCAUCUCCACAGGUGCCAAAGUCACAAACCGAGCCCGCGGUCCACUGCAGCAUCUAGGAGCCAAGGAAGAAAGGGUGCGCAUUACUCCUGGUGUGGCCCUGAGAAAAGAGAAAUCUCAUAUCUGUAUUGACUGUGGGAAAUGCUUUGCACGGCCAUCUGACUUGGCUAAACAUGAAAACAUCCACACUGGCGCCAAGCCCUUUCGCUGCAUGGAAUGUGGAACUCGAUUCAGUCAGUUGUCCCACUUAACCAGACACCAGAGAAUUCACACAGGGGAAAAACCACACACAUGCACUGAGUGUGGGGCAUCAUUUGCCCAGCGGGCUUCGUUGGUUAGUCACCAGAGAGUCCACUCAGGAGAGCAACCCUACCGCUGUUCUCAUUGCCAGCAGUGUUUCAGCCACCAGUCGGCACUCAGAGUGCAUGAACGCAUCCACACAGGUCAGAAGCCCUACAUCUGUCUGGAAUGUGGGAAAAGGUUUGUUUCCUCCUCCACUCUUAAAAUACACAAGCGGAUCCAUACGGGAGAGAAGCCGUUUUCUUGUGCUGAGUGUGGGAAGCGUUUCAUUCAGCGCUCUAAUCUGAUUUCACACCAGCGGACGCACUCUGGGGAGAAGCCCUUUUGCUGUGGGGUGUGCGGCAGAAGGUUCAGCUACCCUUCAGACCUCACUAGGCACCAGAAAAUCCAUACUGGGGAGAAGCCGUUUCCCUGUGAUGAAUGUGAAAGGAGGUUCACAAGGUUCUCAGAUCUUCUCAUACAUCGGAGAAUCCACACUGGAGAGCGGCCAUAUCGGUGCCUUGAUUGUGGCAGAAGGUUCAGGCAGAAGAGUGCUUUGGUGACACACCAAAGAAUCCACACAAAAGAGAAAGUAGCUGAAAAAAGUAGUCCUAGAGCAUCAUUAGAGUCAAAAACAAAUCGUAAACUGAAGGUCAUGAAGGCAACAGAAGAUGAGACAGACAUUCUAGAGAAAGAAGACAAGCAGAAAGAUGCACCGUGAGCCUUGGAAGAGCCAUCCUCAUCUUGUCUUCUCAGCUCCUGACCAAUCAGACCCUAACUAAGAAAAGAUCUCUCUAGAGGAGGUGAAGUAGAUUCAUCUUGUCCACUUGACAUGUCCUAUUCCUUCUCCCACACUGGUGUGCCACAAGAAUCCUUUUCCAGGGUGACUUAGCUCAGGAUGUAAUGUAAGGUGUGAAUAAUAACCCCCUCCUUACUCCCAGGAACUUUGCUGCUUUGGCAGUUACUCAUGGGGUGUUCAGAAAAGAUCUCUUCAAAUUGCAGAGACUGGAAAAGCCUGAGAAGACUGCGUGGUUCCUCUGACCAGGUAGUUGCUUACCUUGUGGGUUAGGCAAACGUAACCCUCUGUCAUAUGGAUUGGCAUACUGGGGCAAUGUUGGAACAUAUAACUCCACAGAAAAUGGAACCCCUUUGGGUUGAUUUGUACUAUCAUGUGCCAUCUUACUUUGAUCUCAAGAGUUGGUCUGCAAGGGAGCUUUCCAGGUUUCCACGGGGCAUGUGAAUUUUCAGAAAGGAGGGUAAAGAAUGUCUUAUGUCCAUAGGCAGCAUAGCAUUUGAUUUGCUGGUGCCCGGGAUGGAAAAUAGAUGGCUGUUCCUAUCAAGUCUUCUUUGUGAAUGUCUUGGGGCAUCUGCUUGGCUCUGUUGUUGGCAAUUAAGUAGAAAAAUGUAUGAACCUAGGCUUGAUUUUCCAAGACAGGCAUGCCAGUCAGCUUGGACAGAAAGAAUGCAAAGCCAUGAAGGGUUUACACAUUUAGACUGUAGCUUUUAACAUUUGUCUUCUAGGCUAGCAAGAUGAAGAUUAAUGUCCAAACCAGUAGGAAUACUUCUAGUAAGUAUUGCGCAUAGUAAAUCCCUGAGUCAGUGUAAUCUAGUGGAUUUUUAGGAACAGAUUUCCACUUAGUUGUCAUUUCCCCUUAGUAAAAAGGGAGUAGCUGGGGUCUACUGCAAAGGACUGUUGACCAGAAUGGGCUACAUGAUGAUGGUAUUGCAAUUUGUAUAUUGAAAGUGCAGUAUACGUCAUGAAGAAUGAUUUCUAGAUCCGUGGUUUUCAACCUGUGGGUCCCCAGAUGUUUUGAUCUUCAACUCCCAGAAAUCCUAACAGCUGGUAAACUGGCUGAGAUUUCUGGGAGUUGUAGGCCAAAACACUUGGGGACCCAUAGGUUGAGAACCACUGGUCUAGAUUCAGGGAGGACAAGUCUAAGCAAACUUCCCCUGGGAAUUGCCAGUCUGUAGUUUCGGUAUAUCCAACACAAGUGACUUUUGUUAUUGUGUUAACACACAUAUUACUAUAAAUUCAGUGGAAUUGUCUCCUUGGUGAGUACAUUUUGGUUUGCACUUGAGAAGCAAUUCAUACGUAGCAAAACAUCUACUGAUGAUGCAAUUGUUCUUGGACUUCUUGAAUUGCCCACAUAUGUACCCAAUGAGGUUUUUCAGUUUUUCUUUUCAGUUUAUGAACCAAAAAUACUGCUUUGCCCUCCCCCAUUGUUUUGCUUCUAUAUGCUUAAACUAAAACAUAUGAUGAGCGUAUGCUUAUGGUGAGACAAAAUAACCAUACUCUCCUCAGUCCCCUGCAGCACCCUCACCCCAUUUCUACCUUUCAGUUAACACAGAUGUCCUUUGGUCUUUUCUUUUUCCAUGAUAUGAUACUCUUUCUGAUACUUUCUUUUAUUUCCAAUCUGAAUUCUAACAUGUAUAUUUUAACAUGGAGGAAGAGAAGAUUCACAACAGAGGGCACUCAAUGGAACCACAAAAACUAUAACUGUAGCAGCAGGUGAUAUCUUUUCAACCUUCUAGAGCAAUGGGUCUCAUCCUGUGGGUCCCCAUAUGUUUUGGCCUUCAACUCCCAGAAAUCCUAACAGCUGGUAAACUGGCUGGGAUUUCAGGGAGUUGUAGGCCAAAACACCAGGGGACCCACAGGUUGAGAACCACUGUUCUAGAGUGAAACCUGGGAACAGUUUGUGGAGCUUGAAUGGGUGUACAGAAGAGAGGAUUUCAGCAGAUAUCAAGACAGUAAUAAGCAGCACCUGCCUAAAUGUCCUCUUCUGCAGAACCGUGAAUGGUCCAGAGUUCUCUUCAGUUUUCUCUUGAGCAGCCCCAAACAUUUCCACCAUAGAUUUGUAGAGUUGGACCAUUUCAUUGACUCCUACCAAUAUAAAAAACCUCAGCUACCUGACAAGUUGGCCAUCCAAUCUCUGUUUAGAAACCUGCAGUAAAAGAGAGUUCACUACUUUCCAAAAUAUCCGAUUGCAUAGGUGUGUAGUAUACAUCUAUAGGAGUUAUUGAAUUGGUAAAACUUGAGAACAGACUAGUUGAGGUUUUUUUAAAAGGGGGGGGGGACUUAAGCAUGUGACAUAUUGUAGUUAAGAAAGAUCUUUCCUGGGCCUAAAAUGUUGGGCCUAAAUUCAUCCUUAAACUCUUUUAAACCACUUAAAGAAUCUCCAGCGGGCAUUUCCUAGUUGCUGCACUCAGCAGGGGAGUCCCAGUCAGCUCAAGCCAAAGCAAACUGCUGCAGCCUCUUCUAGAUCGUGUAUUCUUCCUCAUUAAUAACUUUUUUGUGAUCUUGGCCACACUCUGAUAGUGCUUGGUGACAUGUGGGCCAAUUUUCAACCAUGAAAUGUUGAAAAAUAUACCUACAUACCACUCAAUAAUAAAUUGUGUUGAAUUCUGGAUGGCUUACUCUAAGGUAAGUGGCUAUGGGAUAGAGGUGAGACUUGGACAACUGCAUGGUGAGGUUGCUUUUCAUAGCCCAACAAUCAGAAAUAGUCAUACAAGGCUUCAGGUGAGUGAACCUUUUGAUACUAAUCAGCACUGUCCUUUCCAGAAAGUUGUGGAUGUCAGAAGGAUAUUCAGUUUAGAUGGCCUUUCCAUCACAGUGUUUCUUGGAUGGGCAGUAAUAGGCAGUUAGGCACUCUAACAUGAAUGCUCAGCAGUGGAUUUGUCAGUCUGGACUCUUGUGUUGAAUUUGUGAUUUAAAAAAAUAAGAUAAUUUGAAAAGUGACUUAGAAUAUUAGAAAAAAAUCUACCAAACCAGGACCUCCCCUCAGUACACACUGCUCUAAAACCCAUGUACCUCUGCCAAAACUGCACAUAUCUAAUGCAAUCAUGUAUACAAAUAUUUUGGGAUGUUGUGUAGGAUUUGGAUAUAUUAUACCAUCAUUGCGCUGUAUUUCAGAAACAAACAACUACCUGUGCUUUAUGUUAAGAGUUAUUUGGAGCCAUCAUGCUUUUAAAAUCUUAAAAAUGCAAUUUGAACCUUUGACUUAAAUGUUGGUGGUUUUUUGACUUGUUUUGUAAAAUAAAAAUAAAUGUGUGUCUAGUUA